AUGAGCAUCGAGAGCCAUGCUUGCUCCAAGGAAAUCAGCGACAGCGUCCAAGUCACCCUCGAGAAGCGGUUCUCGUUCUGGUCUUUACUGGGCUACCAGCUCUCCGUCAUGGCCUCUUGGUCCAACUACCUCGUCAUAGCCGGCACGUUCGUCUAUAUUGGCGGACCUGUUGCCAUGAUCUAUGGCGCUCUUCUGGUGGGCUUCUUCCAAUUCAUGACCGCCAUGUCCCUCUCUGAGCUGGCUUCAGCCUGGCCGCACGCAGGAGGUUCUCAGUUUUGGAUCACUCAGUUGAUGAGUCCCACCAGCUCUGGUCUCUUCAGCUAUUUGACUGGAUGGAUGAAUAUUCUGGCCUACCUAACAGCUGGCGCUUCGGCAAAUUUCGCUGGCGCGCAGACCGUCACGGCCCUUGUGACUAUCCUCAAUGGGUAUGAGUGGCCCCGUUAUCAGGUCUUUCUUGUUUACUGCGCUAUGUGCCUACUCGACAUACCCAUCAAUGUGUUUCCCAAGUACUAUUCAGCCUUCAACAUAGCCUCACUUGUAUGUCUCAUGGUAUUUUUAGUCAUCACCAUUGCUGUCUGGGCAUCCGAUUUCCAACAUCAAUCGGCCCAGUACGUCUUUACCAAGUUUAUUAACAGCUCGGGAUGGAAAGAUUCUGGUAUGGCCUUCCUGAUAUCGCUUACUCAGACUACAUACGCCGCCACCGGCCUUGAUGCGGUAGUGCAUCUUUCGGAAGAGACCCAUGAUCCAAAAAGAACUAUCCCUCUAGUCCUGACUACCUCGGUUGCUAUUUCGACUCUCAUGUCAUUCGGAUUCGCCAUCUUUCUUGUCUUCAAGAUGGGCGAUUUCUCGGACUUGGUGGACUUGUCUCUGGGACAAGUCUAUCUAGAGCUCUACACCGACUCUAUCGGGUUCGGCGCUGGACUAGCUGUGGCGACAACCAUCAUGACCCUGCUCGCUAUUUUUGUUGCCUCACAGAUCCUGACGGGCUCAUCACGCCUCAUCUGGGCCAUGGCGCGGCAACAGGGAGUCCCCUUUUCUAAUUAUUUUUCUCAUAUAAACCAAGAUUUCAAAGUCCCGAUACGUUCUUUUGUUGCUUCAUUUGUGGUCACUAUACUUCUGGGUCUGCUUUAUCUCGCAGGCGAUUUGGCAUGGAACGCCAUUGCAUCCAGUGUCACGAUCGCAUAUCAGCUAGUAUUUACUACACCUAUCGUGGUUCUACUCUGUCGCGGCCGAGCUAGACUGCCGACGAGAUACUUUGAUGUUGGAAGGGUCCCAUUUAUCGGAUACUCAAUUAAUGUGCUGACUGUGCUGUGGGGAAUCUUUAUCAGUGUGAUUUCCAUCUUUCCAAUUACUCUACCAGUAACUGGGGAUACUAUGAACUAUGCAGUUGUUGUGUUUGGCAUAUGGGGGAUCAUUGUGGGUAUUUACUGGUCUACUCAUGGGCAUCGGAAAUUCAUGUCGACGGUGGUUCUUUGA